UUCUCACGAAUCAGAAUUUGAAGACUUCGACGUCCCUCUCCCACUCCGACCUCGACCUCGACCUCGACCUCGUCGAUUAGCCUCGCUAUGACGUCGUCAAGAUCAUGUCCGGCCGUACGGACGAGGAGCGAGACCUAGGGUUGGGGACCGAGUACGACGAACGCUCUGACUGGCCCUCCGAGCCUUCUGUGUCGUGUCCGUUGUCCCCGGGGAGCCGACUUAACUUGCGACGGAGUCGAAAUCAGCGGAAUCGACUCGGACUGGGAACUCGGAGCAUAUAUGGACUCGGUGGCGUCGGAUUCGCGGCUUAAUGUGAGAGAAGAGUCUGAUUGGGAGGAGGAGGUUGAAGUAGCAAUUGGUGAGAUUGAGCGAAUGAUGGCAUCGCCCGAGCAAGAAGAGCCAUUGCAAGACUCCGAUCAGGUGUUCUGGUUCAGUUUCUUCCCGGAAGGUUUUCGCGUAAACCCUAAUUUCGAUUCGGAUCCUGAAUUGCUCAUUCAAGGUGACCAUGUUGAUCCCGAUGAGAGUUUCACUGCAGUGUCGCAGCAGAUUCUGAGGAAUGAGAUAGCCGGAAGAGACAAUUCGCGGGCGUCGGCAAGAGUAGUGGAGAACCUGCCUCUGAUUACCGUGAGCGAAGGGGGAUUGGGAAGUGGUGAUGGGAUUUGUGCGGUUUGCAAGGACAAGUACGUGGAGGGGGAGAAGGUGAAGGUGUUACCUUGCGUGCAUCGCUACCAUCAAGACUGCAUCUUGCCGUGGUUGAGGAUGCAUAACACGUGCCCGGUUUGCCGGUUUGAGUUGCCAAAAGAUGACUCGAGGCUGGGAGGCUGGAGAACCGUGAGGGAUGGAGGUAUGCAUGGUGGUGGACUGCACAGUGAUACGCCGAUUUGAGAUGUGCAAGUUACACGGAAACACAGUGUAGUUGAUGAAUGAUCUGAAUGGUGAUUAUCUUCGAGCUUUUUACCAGUUCAGUGUUGAUUGCUUCAAAGAAAUGAUGUGAUUUUUUCCAGAGUUGCAUGUAUUCCGAAGUUUCAUCCAGAUAUGGUGCCUCUAUGUAUAGCCUAGGUUAUGUUACAAUUAACUGGUUACAUAUCUCUGAGGUUCUAGCUAAGUAUAGCGUACAAUGUUCUUUAGCAGUUUGUAACUACCAUUCCGUGA